AAACCACUUUUACACGAAAGUUUUGGGUUCUUCGUGUCUUGGCGCACUAGCGAACUAACGGAUUGAACCUCACCCACCCACCACCACACACACGAGCCAGCCUAUGUAGGAGACUCCCCACCCCCACCACGCCUCGUCACGACACACAAUGCUCCAGCGAAUACUACGGCCCACACUCCUCGCAGCCGCCGGUCGUCGCGUGCUAUCGCCGCUCUGGCCCGCCGUCGCCGCCCCCUUCAGCACCAGCACGGCGGUGCCCGACCUCGCCCCCGCACCGGCUACCACCACCAGCACCGCAACUACGACCGCAACCCCCCCACCUCCGUCCGCGUCGCCGCCGUCGUCGAAGGCGGAGACACUCCGGCUCCUCCCGCUGCUGCGCGCGCAGCCGCAGCACUACAUCACCAUCCACAUCCACUCGUUCCCGUUCCUGGUCACGUUGGGCGACACGAUCACGCUUCCGUUCCGGCUGAAGAACAUCAUUCCGGGGCAGACGCUGCGGCUGACGCACGCGAGCAUCCUCGGCUCGAGGGACUACACGCUCAAGGGCAGUCCGUGGAUCGACGAGAAGCUGUUUUCGUGCCGCGCGGCGGUCGUGGAGGAGACUAGGGAGCCCAUGAGGGUCAAAAAGAAGACAAAGCGUAGACAGAGGAAGAUCAAGACGGUUAAGAGCAAACAUCCGUACACGGUGUUGAGGAUCAAGGAGCUGGAGGUUCUGGGUGGAGAGGAGGAGGCUUAGGGAGAGAUCGGGCAAUGUAUCAUACUAGACGGGCUGGGGUAUGGGGAAUACGUCUGACUGCUUGUAUAUUACCAUUGAGUUCCGACGGAGACAAUGGGAAGACAUCAAAGAUCGUCGGCGAGUGACACGA